CUUUUUGCAUGUGUUUAUUACAAUUGUAGAGUGAAUAAACACGCUAGGUGAUAGUUUAUAACCUCAUUUCGGGUUAAACAUUGAAUUAUUUAUUGUUAUUGAAUACGUGUGAAUAAGUAUUUGUAUAAAUGUUUGUGAGUGAUAAUAUUUUUUGUUAAAAUUUUUCAAAUAACCUAUUGUCAAAAUAAAAUUCGAUUUCAACAUGUCGAGUAAUUUCGAAAUAAUUGUUGGAACUUAUGAGCAGUAUUUGCUGGGAUAUAAAGUUCACAAAGUUGAAAAAAAAUAUAGCUUAGAGCGUAGUUUUGCAACAAAAAGUCAUACAGCUAGUAUUAGGGCAUUAGCAUGUAAGAAGCAUUAUGUUGCUUCAGGAGGUGCAGAUGACUCUAUUUAUCUUUAUGACAUGAACAAUCGAAGAGAAUCAGGCAAACUUAUGCAUCAUAAUGGCACAGUAAAUUGUGUUGCCUUUACACCGGACGCAACUCACAUGCUUUCAUGUAGUACUGAUGGUUCUAUUGCUGUUGUGAGAUGCGGAAAUUGGCAACUAGAGAAACAUUGGCCAUCAGCUCAUAAAAGUUGUCAAGUAAAUACUCUUGCCAUUCAUCCUACAGGUAAAUUAGUAUUAUCCGUUGGAACUGACGGAGUUCUUCGAACUUGGAAUUUAAUAAAAGGAAGACAAGCGUAUGCAAAGAACUUAGUACCAACUUUAAAAUAUAAUGCAAAAAAUAUUUCUGUUCUUUGUUGGAGUCCAGAUGGACAAAAAUAUUUAUUGGCAACAAAUUCCCAGGUUGACGUUUAUACUGUAAAAACCGCUGGUAUUUGCCUUCAAACUCAAUUUCGCUCGAAAAUUGUUUGUAUAGAUUUUAUGAGUGAUGAUUUGAUAGUUGUGGGUCAUGAAGAUGGCAUGAUAACCGUUUAUAACAUUACUAAAAAAUCUACCAUUUUUGAAGUAACUGGCCAUGAUGCUAGAGUAAAAUGUAUUUCACAUCAUAAUAAAUAUGUUAUCUCGGCUUCAAGUUCUGGUGAAAUAAAAUUGUGGAAAUAUGUUAAAUGUAAAUUAAAAUUCUUAACAAGCGCAACUUGUGAUGCUAGAAUUACAUGUAUGACGAUAGCACAAGUAGACCAAUCACAGAUGUAAUUUAAUUGGAUAUACAUAUAUAUAUAUAUAUAUAAAUUUAUAUAAAAUUCACAUUUUAUUUACGUCAUUUAUACACAAUAAAUUCAUAAUUUUUUUAUCUA